UGUGUGUGUGUGUGUGUGUGUGUGUGGAGCACGGAAGAAAAAGCCGCAAACACGCUGAUGUAGAGUUAUCUGCCCGGGGGAGAUGUUCUCAUGGAGCUGCUCACACCGACAGCGUCUCGUUUGUGUUUGACUUCACCAUGCACUUCAGGACUUCAAUAAGAUGCGUGUGUGUUGUCAGAUAAUCAUUUUGCUUCUCGCCUGCAACUUCUGCGCCUUGGUUUAUACUCAGGACCCCUCCUGCUGCCAUCAUGCCGCGGAGCUCCCCCAGUGUAAAGACGCGUGCGAUCAGCUUGCAACUAUUAGAAGUGAAUCCCGUCUGAAGCACCUUCUCCAGCGUUUACCAAGUUACUGUCCCGAGUCUAUGAAUGAGCUUUGGAUCUGCAUUAACUCUACAUUACCUGGGGCAUCAAGGAAAUCAGAUGGAUGGGUCGGCCUUGGCUGCUGUGAACUGGCCAUCUCAGCAGAGUGCCGCAGGGAAUGCAAGCAGGCAUCAUCUAAGAAUGAUAUCACAAAAGUGUGUAGAAAGGACACAGAGAAACCACUCUACAGCUGUAUCACCAAAAAUGAAAUGGGCUCAGUGUGCUGCAGCUAUGCAGGGAGACACACUCACUGCCGGGAAUACUGCCAGGCCAUCUUCCGCACAGACUCCUCACCCACUGUGUCACAGAUCAACACUGUCAAGGAGUACUGCCAGACCAUUAGCCCUCAGCUCAUCAGCUGCGUGGCCGACUACACCAAAUCAUACCCGACCAGGAGUCCCAUCGAUAGCCUGUACUGUUGUGACCGGGCGGAGGAGGCACACUGCCAGACGGCGUGUAAACGGAUCCUGCGCACCAUGAACACCGAACACGAGAUCAUGGAGGGCCUGAUUGCAGAAUGCGGAAGCGAGCCCCUUCCCCAGGACCCACUGUGGCAGUGCUUUCUGGGUAGCGCUCACCCUCCAGCCAAAAGUGACCCAGAGACCUCCCCAACAGCCAAGAUGGACUGCGCCAAGCUCCACUGCUGCUCCAAAGCGAAUACCUCACAGUGCAGAGUUAUGUGCCAGGAGAUCAGCACCAACUGGGGAAGUCAGAUGUUGCAGGAGUUUGACCAGCUCUGUGAGUACAGCCCUGUGGAGACAGAUCUCAUCACCUGCCUGGCAGAUGUGAGGGAACCGUGCCAGCUGGGCUGCAAAGAUCUCACCUACUGCACCAACUUUAACAACAGGCCAACUGAGCUCUUUCGGAGUUGCAACAUCCAGUCUGACCAGGGCGCCAUGAAUGACAUCAAACUUUGGUCCAAUGGAACCAUAAAGAUGCCUCUGAUGAACAUCCCAGUGUUGGACAUCAGGAAGUGCCGGCCUGAGAUGUGGAAGGCUGUGGCCUGCGCACUCCAAAUCAAACCCUGCUACAGCAAAUCAAGAAGCAGCGUCAUCUGCAAAUCGGACUGCGUGGACAUCCUGACCCACUGCGGCGACUUCUCACGCUUCCCAGAAGGCCACUCCCCAGAGCAGAUCUGUGGCCUUCUGUCCCCUACCGAUGACCCAGAGAGAUGCAUUCCUCUGCAGAGAUACCUCACUCCUAGUCCCUUUGAGAACAUCGUCGAGGAGGUGAUCCAUCCCUGUAAUCCCAACCCAUGUCCCAGCAACCAUCUGUGUGAAGUAAACAGGAAGGGCUGUCACCCAGGACAAGACUGCCUGCCUUACUUCUGUGUGCCUGGCUGCAAACUGGGUGAAGCUUCCGAAUUCCUAGUGCACAUGGAGGCUCGGAUCCAGGUUCCAGUGCGCACCGGCCAGACAGGCUGUUACGAGGUGUGCACCUGCGGGCAGAGCGGCCGUCUGGAAAACUGCGCCGAGAUGCCCUGCGUCGACACCACCAAGACCUGCACUGUCGGAGGACAGAGGAAAAGUCAUGGAGCAUCUUUCACAGUGGACUGUAAGUCCUGCUUUUGCUACGCUGGAGAAACCGUCUGCUUCCCACCACAGUGCCCCAGUCUAGACAGCUCAGGCGAGCCCCGCCGAGCAUUUACAGGUCUUCCAUGUGGCUGUCCCGAUCAUUUUGUUCCAGUGUGUGCCCGUAAUGGACGCACGUACCCCAGUGCCUGUGUGGCACGCUGCAUGGGCUUCCAAGACAAUCAGUUUGUGUUUGGCUCCUGCAGGAGCACAGGACCCUGCUCACCCAACCCCUGCCAGAGGAACCAGAGGUGCAUCCCUAAGCGACGUGUGUGUCUGACGAAUACGACAGACUACCCGUGUCUGCAGUACCAGUGUGUUGGCCGCCCUUCCGGCUGCGACCCGAACCAGCUGGAUCCGGCCUGCGACACGGACAACAUGGAGCACACCAACUUGUGUCUGCUGUACCAGAGCGGCAAAACCCUAGCAUACAUGGGUCACUGUCAGGACGCCUGCAGGGUAACUCGGGAAGUGUGUGGGCACAACGGUGAGACGUAUAACACAGUGUGUGAGGCGUUUUCGGACCGCGUGGCUGUGGAUUAUCAGGGACGCUGCCACGCUUUGGGUUCUGUGUCAGGUUUCCCGUCUGAUUCAGGCUGUAACGCCGUGCCCUGUCCUCCCCUCUCUGCUGCGGGCUGUAACCCCAUCACUCCACCCGGUGCAUGUUGCCCUGUGUGUGCCGGGAUGUUGCAGAUCCUCUGGAAUAAACAGCAGAUGAAUGUCUUUGCCAAGCUGAACCAGAAUCAGCCGGUCACGGUGCAUGACAUCCUGAGAGUCCUGCGUCUGCACAUCUCCGUUCCUCAGUGUGAUAUCUUCGGCUACCUGAGCAUCGACUCCGAGAUCGUGGUCCUCAUCGUACCUGUGGACCAGCAGCCUACACCACUGCAGAUUGAAGCCUGCAGCAAAGAAGCCGAGAAGAUCGACUCUCUCAUUAACUCAGGCAGUCCCACGCUGGUGUCCCACGUCCCCCUGUCUGCCUUCCUGACCUCCGAGCUCAAACUGUCCACCGUUAGCUCUGCUGCUCCCACCAGCACCCCUUCCCUCCGUGUGUCCACCUGUCUCUCUCUCAGUCUCCUCCUCACAUUCCUGCUGUCCUACCUAAACAACCUGAACGGUCGUUGCUGAGCAACAGCGCCCCAGGACUGACCUUUGACCUUCCUCGCCUUGUUCCUAAAAGCCCCAGUCUGCAUGGCCUUGACAAUCACAGAAACGCCAAGCUGAUGAGAACAAUCACUCGAAAUGUGACAGGACAAUGAAGUUAAGGAACUUUUGAGCUGUAUUCCUGUCAAGGGUAAGCUGGAUCGAGUCUUUUUUUUUUUUUUACAGUCACAGAGCAGAGAGCCUCAGAAAGUGUGAGGAAUAAAGCAAGGAGAUGGAUAGGAGUGAGAUCUCCGAUUGAAUUUCUGGCUCUGGUGCUCCUCUCUGAUGCCUUUCACUGCCAGUUCACUGGAGCAGAUUCUUUAAACAAUAUACGUUUCACACACCUCAUUUUAUAGAUAAGAACUGAAGAAAAUAAUCAGUGGAAGUGGAGAAGGCUUUCUACCCCAAAAUGAAAGGGACCUUUCUUCAUUCCUCUCUGUAUAUAAUUUAAUAGACCUAAAGGGAGAAACUAUAGCCAUCCUAAGCCGGUUUUACACUGUGCGAUUUCGGCCGUUUUUUAACGAUUAUUAGAGCAUCUUAGAGGAUUGUUAAAGAAAGAUCAUUUAAGACUGCGAUCAAAGAAAAUUACUAUGUUCCGCUUACCAAUUAGUGUAAUCUGGGCUCGUGUAGGAAAGGCGGACGCAUAAACAGAAACAUGACUGAAAGUAAGCUUGUGGCGAUGAGCGUAUUUUGUCUGUCCAUUAGCCUGGUUUGUUUACGUUUCGUCAUUGCCGUUACUGAAUUUGUAGCUGUCCAGCGAUUUUUGCGCCGUCCACCUCUUGACGCCUUUCAGACAAGCAUCGUAGCAGCGAUCACACUGAGAUUUUAAUCACAAUUUUCUGACACUACCAGAACUUUGUUGUCUUUUGUUGCAAGGGUGCUGAAUCAGCCACCAGUGAGCAUGUAAUAUACAUAAUAGGCAUUCAAAAUGAUGGAUUAUACUUGCUUUUAACUAUGCGUUCACAUACGCAAGAUGGCCGCCGCACAUAUCCUGCGGUCGUUCGGAGUGUCGCUUGUGCACGGCCUCAGAAAUUAAUGGUACGCUUCCAUUUUCUAGAUUAGUAAAUACUUUUGAAUGUAAGGUCAGAGUUUAUGAUUUGAGACUCAUGACGACAAUCAUGAUGACAGCAGAAAGUUUCAACAGAGCUUGCUGAAAACGGCUAACAUUUUACAGUUUGACUUGGAAACCAGAUAGACAGAGAUGUUUUGGCUCUAAAGUACCAUGUAGUGGAUAUGGCUUUUAAUCCUCCAGACGUACAUAAAGUACACAGGUUAGCAUGUGAACAAUGCUGCUCACGUUGCCACUGCUUUCGUACAUGUCAAGCGUAAGACAGAUGAUCACAAGACAUGACAAAAAAUAUUGUACAACGUGCAAUUUUUGUCUGCUAAAGCAAAAUCAGGCCGGAAAUCAUACAGUGUAAAGCCGGCUUUAAUGAAUAUGACAAUCAUAUCCACAAUUGGGUAAUUACAACAGUAUGCCUUGUUUAUAUAGAUUAUAUAUGUAUGUAAAGAUUUAUUAUAUAAUGAAGUAUUGCAAAAAAAUAAAGUAUGUUGUUAAAAAUAGUUAAAUGUUUAUUUUAAGAUGUUUUCUGACCCGGAGGUCAGAGCCACAAUGUGCCAUUUUGAAAUCUUAUUCUUGCAUGAUGACAAUUAUGAAGUGUUUUUACAGAAAGCUUUGUAUCGUUUUGUCCUGUCCAUGUCUUAUUACGUGUCAAAUGAAGGAUUUCCUAUUUUAACAGUAUUAUCGUGCUUGGGCAGCUUUGUAGCAUUUCCACUCAGUGGAGCUUUGUGCUCUUUUAUGUUUGUGUGUUUGCAAUUCAACUGAUGUAUUUUUAUAAGAUAAUAAUAAAAAGUGUUCAUAUUGCCAAGUGUAAAUCGUGUCAGGCCGAAUGUAUGUCAUGUUUUUUUCUCUGAAGUCUCUUUUUUGUGCAUCAGCUUUUUGUGUUUAUAAACUGCUGUUUUGUCAUCACUCUAACGUGGCGCUAUUGCGUAAGCAGCAUGAGGCUGAUUACGCAAAAGCUUCAGAAUUGUACACUGACACUGACCAUCAUCAAAAAGGGGAAGAAUAUUCUCUCCCACACCAACGCACAUCUUUUUUUUCCCUAAUACUUUCCUAAAUGAUAUCAGUUCCCAUACUUACAACCUAUCAG